AGUUUACACCUAAGUUUGACUCUAACCUUACAAUAAAUCUUUACUACGUUCUUGUUUCUUCGAAUAAAUCCUGAGCGCAUUUCUAACUCUAAAUGCAAUUAUUAAUCAACUCAAUUCGUCAGAUUACGAUACGUCGUAUCAUCUCUCUCAUGCUAUCAAGAAGACAUUGAAAUUAUAAUUAACAGGCAUCAAAGUUAAGAAGAAAUGUAAUUUCCUUUGAUAUUAUACACGUACUUCGGAGAUUAUCGACUUUAUCUUGUAUAUAUAUUCAUCAAUAAAAUCCGUUUAACUCUCCAUUAGUCGCAAUAUACGAUUGAUAUAUCCUAAUACUCCUCAUUUUGUUUUUCACUGCUUUUUAUGUACUUUAAUGUCCGGUCCAUCAGCCAAGUUCUGAUGAGAGGGAAGCUAUUUCAAGAAGCGGAAGAAAAUAAUGAGAAAAUUAGUAAAAGUGUGAGAUAUAUCGCGAUUAUUCGUUGGUGAAAAAUAUUGCGACCAACGGAGGGUUAAAAAAAACAUCUUUCGCUCGAUCUAGAUCGGUAUAAGGCACACCGCUGGCUACUUACAGCUCGCUACAAGCUUACAAUGCAGUUUUUCAUUUAAUCAGCAUGCAGUGCGAGACGCGCACGUGGUCGGGAAAAAAUUAGUGGGUGUCGAGUUGCCGGAUCUUUCACAGAUUUGUCGAGGAGCAAUAACUUAGCGCCUUCUUCAGGGUACUAAGUAGGACCAGCGGGGGUCGCCGCAAACCUCAUAUUACAGGAUCCAUUUCGAAUCCUAAUUUCGACGAAACGUACGACUGCCGGUCGACAGGGAUUAUCUCGAUGGAUUAAUAGAUCUGUCGACUCUUUCUUCCCUUCGUGAGCGAGUGGAAGCCCGAAUGGAUGAGGUUAGAGGGGAACAUGUGCGCAUACGCGGCUAAUGUGUCGGGGGUUAGUUGCAGGAAGAAGAAUGGUUUAAGAGUCACGAGACACACCGAGAACAACCGUGCUAACAAUACGUGUGUUAUUAUAUGCGCGAAGUUGUUUGUUAUGCGACGAACGGAGUUCUCUAAUCCGAGAAACAGAAGCAAGCCGAAGUGAAAACGCGCGUCGCUUGAAUGAGGGAUUACACGAUUGAGGUAAGCCGGCGUUCCUCCCGAAGAGGACCUACGAUUUCGCAAUAGAUGAACAACGGUCUCCCGAUAAUGCACAGAAUUAGACUGCUGUAGUUAGCGUUUAAUUGCGGCGAGCCUCUUCGAGCUUUCUCGUCGAAGAGCGAAACGAAACGGAAGGAUGUACCAGGUGGCCACGAAUGCCGCAGCAUCCGCGCGAUUGGAGAGCGGUAUCACGGAAAACGAGACGAAGCGAAUGAGGCUGAAGCUUGGAUGUUUGAAGGCUCCGCCUGGUUUUCGGGACGUCCCAAAUCUCAAACCCCUCCAACCAAUGUUUCUCAUCUCCCGUUUGACUGUGCGUCUCUCUCUUUCUCUCUCUCUCUCUUUCUCUCCCUCUCUCUCUCUUUCUCACCAUCACUCUCACUCUCUUACUCUCUCCCUCUGUUCGGUCACGUUCCUCCACUUGGACUCCUCACUUCGACUUCAAAAACUUGGACCACCAAUUAGUUUAGCGCCGGAGACGCGGCCUCUCGUGACGUCCCGCCGAUAGAUAUUCGCAAAAAGGAGCCAUCGAUCACGAUCAGCAGGUAUAUCGGGCGAAUUGCACCGUUCGUUGAGCAGCCAGAACACGUAGAGACGUACGCGAGUGACACAGAGACGGUGAUGCAUGAGCUGAUUGCGUAGCCAUCUUUCGAAAAUAGUCUUUACAUCGCUCCGCUCCGAAAAGCAAUCGCACAUAAUUUUGCUCCUCGAAUUCGCGAACCUUCGCGAAUCGAGUGUGGUUUUUCAGGAACAAGGGAUCGGAUACAGCGUGGUCCUGUGUCCCUCGGCCGUUCGUCUCUCCGGAACUUGUCAUGUGCCUUCUUUUCUCUUACCUAUAUUUCCGGAUUUUUUAUUUCGGAUGUGUCACACAAAUGUGUGCGAUGUCACCCUUUCUCUCUUUCUCUCUUUCUCUUUCUUCGUGAUUGUGUAUCAAAAAGAUCGAAUAGAAAGUGCCACGUACGAAAAUCUUGUGCGAAUUUGAAUAUCAACUGAAACUGCUGACUCCGUAAACGUACGUUUCCACUUCAGGCUACGUUUUAAAGAGACGUUUUCUAACGGUUAUCUCUUCGCUUUGGAAAAAAAAAAAUACGAUGUUAAACACAGAUUUCAUUUUUCAUCAUGAUAUUUUCACGUUCAAGAUAGUGAAGUCAAGACGUAAAGUUCAGAUAAAUAAAGGUCAGACUUGUCAGACAGAUCAUCUAAUAUUAAAUGCGAUUGAAAUACUAAUCUCUGUUUCCGUGUGUUCACAUAAUAUUAGUUUAACUUUGCAUAUUCGCCGUUCCUCAUUUUUUAAUAACUAAUUUUUUAAUCAUAUAUUUUUUAAUAAUAACUAUUUUUUUAUUAAUAUUCGUUACUCGAUGUAUUCGCGGAGUUUUCCACAUUAACGUGAAAUAAUUUAAGAGGAAAACGUAAAAGACACGUGUAUAUAUAUAUAAGCCAUCAUUUUUAUCCUUUACCGGAAAAAUUUCUAACCUAGAUUAAGCUAACAGCACAGAAAAAGACAGAGAUAGAGUAUCGCAUUAUAUGUAAGUAUAAUAUAUGUAAAUAUAUGACAAUAUCCGUCGCUCGAAUAAUUAUCCAUGAAAUGCGUAAAUUGAUAUUAUUGAUAUCGCACGAAUGUUACGGCAGAGCUGCGAUCUUAUUUUAUAACUUUUAACACACGCGUAACAAAUUUUUGCGCAGACAAAAUGUAUCUGACAAAGUAGCUGCGCAACGAUACGUUAACGAUGACAAAAUUUUCAUUACAAGUUAUAGAAUAAGGGGACUGAGCGAUUAAUUCAAACGAACAUCGACCGGGAUAAAAAUUCGAGACAAUUUAGCGCCGAGCGAAAAUUUGACGGCACUUGCCGACGUUGUCCGGGAGAAACUUUGAUUUGCGCACGUAUGAGUCUCUCCGAGUUUCAAUGUUCAUAAAAUAAAAAUGAAUAAAAAUGAAAAAAAAAAAUUUGCCCAGUCUGCGUGGCAGGAUGCCCCGAAAGAGGCGCGCGUCGACCUCGUCGCUGGAGGAAUACCCCUCGGAAGAGAAGUACUCGAAGGAUGACAUGGACAGUCGGGCGCCGCGAAACGCGGCCAACGCCCGCGAACGAGCCAGAAUGCGUGUCCUUAGCAAGGCAUUUUGUCGUUUAAAAACCACUUUGCCGUGGGUUCCGGCCGACACCAAACUGAGCAAACUCGACACCCUGAGGCUCGCCGCGACUUACAUCGCUCAUCUGCGAGCGGUGCUCAGGGACGACGGUGAGGCCCAUCCUGAGACCACCAAGUCCUUGUCGUUGACCUUGUCGUGGCCAUUCGCUAUACAAAACAGCAACGCCGCCACGCUGAUCAACAACAGUUGCAACGUCUCCUCCUCGACUUCCUCGGGCUGUAAUCAGUAUCGAGGACAGCAGGCGACUCACGAUAUACAAAACUUCCAUCAUUCGGGGGGGCAUCAGGGCGCGCCGACGCGCCACAAUCAGGAGCAACAGCUCUCUUAUUUCUAACGGCGGACAAGUGAAAAAAAAGAAGAAACCUCCUGACGAACCGAUCGAAACUCGAGCGACCAGAACAACUAGAGCGAUAUCUACGGAGAGAACGACCACCAACAGCCGCCAAGUUACACUACCACCGACGACCGGGACCUGUCGUUCCCACGCCUUAUUUAUUCCGGAGAGUGCCUUAUUCCUAUACUAUUUAUUGACCUGUAAUCUUAACGCGCUAUCAUAACGUUUCUACACACGUAUGCGACGAGGAAACGAAGAGACAUGAUAUAUUUAUAUUAAUAAUAUACAAUUUUAAUGCAUAUACAUGUAUGGAUGCUUGCGUCUCGGCUCACGCCCUUUGCGCUUUUACAUAUAAUGUCGUUACGUAAUAAGAAGUGCAAUCCCCGUAUGCAUAUGUUCUAGUGAGAUAAACCCUAAGUAAGCAAAACGGACGGAAGUAUCAAUUUUCUCCCGUUUAACAGAAGGAAAAAGGAAAUCGCACCAAGUCGAAGUAUACAGCAUAUAAAAAUUCUUGACUUGCUGAGUACUCGGAUUAUUGCAAUAUCACGUAAUAUUGUAAUCGUAAUUAAUACCAAAGUAUGUCAACUAGUCGAAUAAAGAUGUUUCUAAGAUUUCUCAAA